UUGGCCGCCAAACUAAUAGAGCUGUAUAAACACUGAAAACCCCCUUGUGACAUUCAGAGUAACUGCCACUCUUAACAGCGGCCGGCAUCAAUCUCCGCCCCUCUCCCUAAUUGCCACGCCCACUCCCCGUCGUGACCACCGCGAGUCAUCGUUCUCUAACCCUCUCUCCGUUCAAUUUCGCGCCAAAUAAACCUCACUCCGCUGCUCUCACAAAAAACAAACAGAAUAAAUGAAUAGGUCGAGAACCGAAGGCUUAGUCUUCACAAAGGAACCUUUCAUAGAGGAUUUAGGUCCACGCAAAAUAGCGGGUAUUACGUAUUCCACGCUUUCUGAAGCAGAAAUCAGCAAAAUCGGUGAAGUUCAAGUGUGGAAAGGUACUUACUAUGAUGCAUUUCGAAAACCUGAAGCUGAUGGCUUGUUGGAUUCCCGCAUGGGCCCUGCUAAUAAGAGUCUUGUUUGUGCAACAUGCCACGGGAACUUUGCUGACUGUCAAGGCCAUUAUGGAUACUUACCACUUGUGCAACCUGUUUUCAAUGUCGGAUAUUUGAAUACAAUGGUGAAAAUACUGAAGUGCAUUUGUAAGGGUUGUGCUGGUAUUCUCCUUGAUGAAGAUACCCGAAAAAAAUAUUUGAAGAAAAUGAGAAACUCUAAAUUGGAUGAGCUGCAGAAGAUACAGUUGCUUGAAUCUAUAAUGAAAAGAUUUAGAAGUGCUAAGUUCAUAAAGUGCCAAAGAUGUGGAUAUAUUAAUGGAAUAGUAAAGCUCACUAGGUCUACCCUGAGGAUUGUUCAUGACUGCUCACAUGGUAAAAAUGAUGUUGUUUCUGAGCUCCAAUCAGCUCUUUCUCAUAUGAAAGAAUAUAGGGCUACCAACGAUUUGGCUUCUCGAAAUCUUGACCCUAAAUCGGUUCAUUCCUUGUUUACCAAGAUGAGUGAUGAGGACUGUGCAUUACUUUAUCUUGCUGAAAGACCAGAAAAGCUCAUCAUAACAAACAUAGCUGUGCCACCUAUAGUUAUUCGACCUUCAGUUAUAAUGGAUGGAUCACAGAGCAAUGAAAAUGACAUAACAGAGAAGCUAAGGAAAAUAAUCCAGGCAAAUGCUGCUUUGCACAAAGAACUAGAAGAAUCAACCAAAUUUCAGGGUGGUUUUGAAAUGCUUCAAUUCCUGGUUGCUCAAUACAUAAAUAGUGAUGUUAAAGGUGGGCCAUACAGUAUGCAAGCGAGCAAGCCUUUAACUGGUUUUGUUCAGCGCAUUAAAGGGAAGCAGGGACGUUUCCGUAGCAACUUAUCUGGAAAACGUGUUGAAUAUACUGGCCGGACAGUUAUUUCACCUGAUCCUAAUCUAAAGAUUACUGAGGUUGCAAUUCCCAUCCAUAUGGCUCGCAUUUUGACUUAUCCUGAGCGUGUUACACAUCACAACAUAGAGAAGUUGAGACAAUGUUUGAGGAACGGUCCUGAUAAGUAUCCGGGUGCAAAGUUGCUUAGGCAUGCUGGUGGUACCACAUGGAAUUUAAAAGUUUCUUGUAGGAAGCGCCUUGCUGAUGAACUGAGAUUUGGUGAUAUUGUUGAUCGCCAUUUGGAAGACGGAGACGUUGUUCUUUUCAACAGGCAACCAAGCUUGCAUCGGAUGUCUAUGAUGUGUCAUAGGGCAAGGAUUAUGCCUUGGAGAACUUUGAGAUUUAAUGAAUCUGUAUGUAACCCAUAUAAUGCUGAUUUUGAUGGUGAUGAAAUGAACCUACAUGUUCCACAGACUGAGGAGGCUCGAACAGAGGCUCUUUUGUUGAUGACGGUGCAAAACAAUUUGUGCACGCCAAAAAACGGAGAAAUUCUUGUUGCCUCUACGCAAGACUUCUUGACUUCUUCGUUUCUCAUAACUAGGAAAGAUACUUUUUAUGAUCGUUCUACUUUUUCACUUAUUUGCUCAUACAUGGGGGAUGGCAUGGAUCCUAUUGAUCUGCCAACUCCUGCAAUUAUUAAGCCAGUUGAACUCUGGAGUGGUAAACAAUUAUUUAGCAUUUUAUUACGCCCACAUGCAAAUGUGAGGGUCUAUGUGAACCUCACUGUAAAGGAGAAAACACACAACGCAAAGCUUGAUGAUAGGAAAAGAGAAAUGAAAACAAUGUGCCCUAAUGAUGGAUUUGUUUAUUUUCGCAAUAGUGAGUUAAUCUCCGGACAACUUGGAAAGGUGACUUUAGGAAAUGGCAAUAAAGAUGGGCUUUUCUCUGUGUUACUAAGAGACUAUAAAGCACAUGCUGCUGCUUCGUGCAUGAAUCGACUUGCUAAAUUUAGUGCUCGUUGGAUAGGUAAUCAUGGGUUCUCGAUAGGCAUUGAUGAUGUCCAACCAAAAGAGAUACUGAUCCAUCGGAAAAAAGAAACAAUUACGACAGGUUAUAGUGAAUGUGAUGGUUUUAUAGAAGCUUUCAAUAAAGGAAAGCUAGAACUCGCACCUGGUUGUGAUGCUGCUCAAACAUUAGAGGCUAAGAUAUUUCAAAAAUUAAAUAGCUUACGUGAUACAACAGCAAAGGUAUGCAUGCAAACAUUACACUGGAGAAAUAGUCCAUUGAUCAUGUCACAAUGUGGCUCCAAAGGAUCUCCUAUCAAUAUCUGUCAAAUGGUUGCCUGUGUUGGUCAACAGUCAGUUGGUGGUUGUCGUGCUGCUAAUGGGUUCGUAGAUCGGAGUCUUCCUCAUUUCACUAAAAAAGCAAAAACCCCUGCUGAUAAAGGUUUUGUUGCUAAUUCCUUUUUCACUGGAUUGUCAGCUACUGAGUUUUUCUUCCAUACAAUGGGAGGGAGAGAAGGGCUCGUUGAUACAGCGGUCAAAACUGCAGACACAGGAUAUAUGUCUCGUAGAUUAAUGAAAGCUCUGGAGGACUUGUUUUUACAUUAUGAUUACACUGUAAGAGAUACCAAUGGUGGCAUUGUUCAGUUCUGUUAUGGAGAUGAUGGCAUGGAUCCAUCAGGCAUGGAAGGAAAAAAUGGAAAACCAUUAAAUUUUGACCGGUUAUUUCUCAAAAGCAAGGCCAUAUGCCCCAGCGAUGGAGAUGAUAUAAUCUUAUCUUCCUCAGAUGUGUGUGAAGUAAUUCGCAAGAAGCUUUCAGAAGUUGGUAUGUCUAAGUUAGUGGAGAAGGAUGCUUCAGAAAAUGAUAUAAUGUCAGUGGUGGGGUUCUCUGAUGAUUUCAUAAAGUCUCUACAAGCCUUUGUCAAAGAUAAUACAAAAUUAACAGAAGCAAUCGCUGAGAAUGAUUCUAAAAAUCUGACGAACCUGAAGAACUUUAUUCCGAGGAUAUCUGGAAUCAGCCGUAGGCAACUAGAGGUUUUUCUAGAUAUUUGUCUAUCACGUUAUCGUAUCAAAAAAAUUGAGGCUGGAACUCCAAUUGGUGCAAUUGGAGCUCAUAGUAUUGGAGAACCUGGGACUCAGAUGACUUUAAAAACUUUUCACUUUGCUGGGGUUGCAAGCAUGAAUGUUACUCUCGGGGUUCCUCGCAUCAUAGAAAUCAUAAAUGGAGCCAAAGAUAUUAAGACACCGAUUAUGACAGCAAUACUUGAGAGGGAUGAUAAUGCAAAUACUGCAAGGAUGGUGAAAGGUCGCAUAGAAAAAACAAAUUUAGGCCAGGUUGCAAAGAGUAUUAAAGUUGUUAUGACUUCAAGAUCAGCGACAGUUGUUAUCUCACUGGACAUGGAAAGAAUCCAAGAUGCACAUCUGAAUAUAGAUGCUCAUACUGUAAAAGAAUCAAUUUUACGAACAGCAAAACUAAAAUUGAAGGCAGAGAAUGUUAAAGUUUUGGAUAUUAAAAAGCUUCAGGUGUAUCCCCGAUUAUCUGGCAGAAAUGAAAUCCACUUUCAACUUAAUAUUCUUAAAAAUUUGCUCCCAUCAGUUGUGGUGAAGGGAGUUAAAACUGUUGAACGAGCUGUCCUAGAAAUAGAUAAAAAAGAUAAAAAAGUUGAGAAGUUCGCAUUACUGGUUGAAGGCACGGGCCUUCAACAGGUUUUGGGCAUUGAAGGUGUUGAUGGACGUAAAACUCGUAGUAAUCAUGUCAUGGAAAUGUUGAACGUUCUAGGAAUUGAAGCUGCCAGAAGUACUAUCAUUGACCAGAUACAGUAUACAAUGGGAAGUCAUGGAAUGAGUAUUGACGUACGCCAUAUUAUGCUUCUAGCAGAUAUUAUGACUGUUAGGGGUCAAGUCCUCGGAAUGACAAGACAUGGAAUUCAGAAGAUGGGCAGAAGUGUAUUGAUGCUCGCAUCAUUUGAGAGUUCAACAGACCAUCUUUUUGAUGCAUCCAUGCGUGGAAGGGGUGACCCAAUUGAAGGAGUGAGUGACUGCAUAAUUAUGGGUAAACCAAUUCGGGUAGGCACUGGAAUGAUUGAUAUCAAACAAAGGUUGGAUCCUCCGGUGUUGCCUAAAGGGAUCGAUCCCAUUCUAUCCUUAGUCUGAAGUUGUGUCUUAGCAGAAAGAAUGUGGAUCAAACAGGAUGGAGUGCAUUUGAAUGUUGUGAGCUUGAUGUUGUGAAAGAAUGUGCGUCAUACUCUUGGAUGUGCCUAUAUUUGUCCAUAAAAGGUGCAGACCCUUAUAUUUUUAUUUUUUUGACAGUUGCAGUGGUGUUAUUUAUAUUGCAAUAAUAAAGUCCCAUGAGUAGGAUCGAGACCCGAUAACAAGCUACCAAAUUUUUGCACACACUUUAUUUUUUCUACGUUUAAAAAAUUAAUGGACUACAAAACUAUGUUUUAA